GCAAAAAGAGGAAGACCGCAUGCUAUGGUUGUUCGGAGAUUCUUCGAAUUCACGAUCUUAAAGUCAUAUGAUUCACAGCAAAUAUAGCAACAAAUAUCUCAAUUGGUAUUUUCCAAAGCCACGAAACGUGCAUUGAGUUUGGAGCGAUAUGUGAAGUGAAGAUUGAAGACGUGAUAGAAGAUGGACGACUACUGCUAUGCUAAGAUGGCGACGUCCGCUAAAAGAGAACAUGAAAGAGAAUCAACUUCCAGCAAAUCACCAACGGAGAUAAAGACGAAAGAUGAAGACGUCCAGCAUCUGAUCGGUAAUCCAGAAGAAGUUUCCCCUCAGUUAGGGGGGAGCUCCACUUUGAAGCAGGAGACUCCACAACCACCCUGCAUUAAAAAGGAAGAGGAGGAACUCUGCAUCACUCAGGAGGGAGAGUGUCUUCUAGGACGAGAGGAAGCUGAUUACACCAAGUUUCCACUGAGUAUUCUCUCUGUGAAGACUGAAGAUGAUGAAGAGAAACCACAAGUAGACAACCUCUUAGCUCCACUAUCAGAUAGUGAGGCUGAAGACGAGGUUGAAGAACCUUUGAGCAGCGAUAAAGACUGUGAAGGUGAUAUGAGGACUCACACUGACAACAAACACUCUGAAUGCUCUACAAAGAAGAGAGGUAAAACAUGUUUGAGCUGCUCAGUUUGUGCUGAAAGUUUUACUAAAAAGAGCAGUUUGACUCGACACAUGAGAACACACACAGGUGAAAAACCAUUCAGUUGUUCAGUUUGUGGCAAAAGGUUUUCUCGAAAUUUUGGUUUGACUGAACACAUGAGAACACACACAGGAGAAAAACCAUUCAGUUGUUCAGUUUGUGGCAACAGUUUUUCUCAAAAUAGCAAUUUGACUCAACACAUGAGAACACACACAGGUGAAAAUCCAUUUAAGUGUUCAGUUUGUGGCAACAGCUUUUCUCAAAAUAGCAAUUUGACUCAACACAUGAGAACACACACAGGUGAAAAACCAUUUAAGUGUUCAGUUUGUGGCAACAGCUUUUCUCUAAAUAGCAAUUUGACUCAACACAUGAGAACACACACAGGUGAAAAACCAUUUAACUGUUCAGUUUGUGGUAAAAGCUGUUCUGUUAAGAGAAAUUUGGCUGAACACAUGAGAACACACACAGGUGAAAAACCCAUUAAUUGUUCAGUUUGUGGUAAUGGCUUUUCUCAAAAUAGCUAUUUGACUCAACACAUGAAAACACACACUGGUGAAAAACCAUUUAGUUGUUCAGUUUGUAGCAAAAGCUUUUCCGUUAAGUGCAGUUUGAUUAAACACAUGAGAACACACCAAGAUGAAAAACCAUAUAAGUGUUCAGUUUGUGGCAAAAGCUUUUCUGUUAAGAGAAUAUUGACUCGACACAUGAGAACACACUGGACUAAGACAAUUUAAUUGUUCAGUUUGUGGUAAAAACUUUCAUCAAACCAGUUUUCUGUGUCGACACGAGAACACACACUGGAGAAAAACUAUUUAGUUGUUCAGUGUGCUGUAAAAGGUUCACACAUAAUGCAGACACAGUAAAACACAUAAAAACACACAAGGGAAAAUAACCAAUUAGCUGUUUAGUUUGUGGUAUGUUGCUCAUAUGUGGCGACAUCCACCCUACCCAGGACCUCCUCACUGCUUCUUUCACAAAUAUCUGAGGUAUUCGUACAAACUUGGAUUAGUUAAAGCAUAAUCUUAUCUACUCAUGACCCCAUGUCUUCUCUGUAUCUGAAACCUUCCUGAACAGUAAGAUAGAUGAUGCUUCAAGUGCUUGGUUACUCCUUCUUCAGUCCAGGGACCUGGGGCCUCAUGUGUCAAGUUUGCGCACGCUCCAAAACCUGCACUACACCCUUUUUCACGGCAAAGUUAUGAUGUAUCAAAACUGACGUUGACGCAUAAGUGAUGCUGGGUAACAGUUCCCACAAUGGACCACAAUGGAAACAAGCCUUUUGGCUUUUUGUGCCAUUCAUUUGCCUUUUUAAAUUAUUACAUGGAUUCAAUUAUUUAAGAUGUCAAUAAUCUUCUCAAUUAAUGAAUCCCAAGAAGUGCCAACUUUUACUCCUCAGACUGAUUGAUGUGCAAAUCAGAGACAUAUGAACAAUUAAUAAUGUGUCAAGUUUGUGCACGCUCAAAAACCUGCACUACACCCUUUUUCACUGCAAAGUUGACAUGUAUCAAAACUGACGUCGACGCAUAAGUGAUGCUGGGUAACUGUUUGCAUAACAAACUGCCAACUUUUACUCUUUGACUUUGUCAUGUUGUCUUUUUAAGUUAUCAUGCCAUGAUUUUACCCGUCCCGCCCACGUGGAAAUAGAUUUUCCUCCAUGCGGCCCCUGAGCUAAAAUGAGUUUGACACCCCUGCUGUAAUGUGACUCAUGUGAGCAGGUUACUGUAUAAACACAUUUUGUUAUAAGUUAUAAAAAUGUGUUCAGUUGUCAGAGACACAUCAAUGUCAGUGUAGCUGCUGACAGAAGCAACAUGUAUAUUUGAUAUAUAAUGUCAUAGUUGGUGAGAAUAAAUAAAUACCGUAUUUUCCGCACCAUAAGGCGCCCUGGGUUAUAAGCCACGCCUUCAAUGAACGGCAUAUUUCAAAACUUUGUCCACCUAUAAGCCGCCCCGUGUUGUAAGCCGCAUCUAACUGCGCUAAAGGAAUGUCAAAAAAACAGUCAGAUAGGUCAGUCAAACUUUAAUAAUAUAUUAAAAACCAGCGUGAUGUGGGCGCGCAUGGAGUCGUAUAUCAACAUGGACGGAGCUGCGUGAAAAAAGCCACCCGGCCUCUUCGCGUAAACUUACCUUAACCACUCGCUCAUCUUUUCUUCAUCCAUCCAUCCCUUCGAGUUAGCUUUUAUGAUGACGCCGGCUGGAAAGGUCUCUUUUGGCAAGGUCUUCCUUUUGAAUAUCACCAUGGGUGGAAGUUUCUGGCCAUUAGCAUGGCAAGCUAGAACCACAGUGAAGGAUGACUUCUCAUUCCCUGUGGUGCGAAUAUUCACCGUACGUGCUCCCGUUGUAUCCACAGUGCGGUUCACAGGAAUAUCAAAAGUCAGUGGAACCUCGUCCAUGUUGAUAAUGUUCUCUGGCCGGAUCUUUUUUUCAGCUAUCUUGUUUUUACAAUAUGCACGGAUAGUAGCCAGCUUUUCUUGAAAGUCUUUAGGCAGUUGCUGUGAAAUAGUAGUCCGUGUGCGGAUGGAGAGAUUGCGUCUUUUCAUGAACCGGAAACCUGUCGCCAUUUUGUGGUCUUUACAGAUGUAAACACACAAAGGAAAUGAAACGUAAUAUCCGCGCGCUUCUUCUUCUUCUACGCGGGCGGGUGGUUGCUUACAGUAGAAGAAGAAGCGCUUCCUGUUCUAUGGGGGCGGGUGCUUACCUUGGCGGUUGCUUGCGUAGAAGAAGAAGCACUUCCUCUUCUACGGGGAAAAAAGAUGGCGGCUGUUUACCGUAGUUGCGAGACCGAAACUUUAUGAAAAUGAAUCUUAAUAUUAAUCCAUAUAUAAAGCGCACCGGGUUAUAAGCCGCACUGUCAGCUUUUGAGUAAAUUUGUGGUUUUUAGGUGCGGCUAAUAGUGCGGAAAAUACGGUACAAUGCAUAAAGAUAAGUUCAUAUUGUGCACAUAAUGUGGUUAAAAAGGUAUUUCCUUGGGUUAAUUCAUGCAAGUUUCUGUUAACUUUAUUUUUGUUACAAACCCAUGUCAAUUGAGUGGGGAAUAUAUGUUUUGUUUCUGGUUUGGUCACGUUGUUGGGGGGACAAUUAAUAUGUGAGGGAAUUAAGGAAGCAGCAUGAGACGACAAGUGUUUGAUGUGGAAAACGUUAAUGGAGUCUCGGAUUCUUUUUUGGAUGUCAGACUAAUUGUAAGUUCUGUUUGCUUAUUUUAUUACUUCAUUC